AUGGCCAGAGAAGUAUGGGCAUGGUGCAUGACCAGGAAUAUUUGGCUCACUGCCAGCCAUAUUCCUGGGAAACUUAAUGUUGUUGCCGACAAGGCCUCCAGGGUGUUUGAUGAUUCUACAGAAUGGAAACUGGAUGCUAACAUAUUUCCAAAGCUAACAGCACACUUUGGUACCCCUGAAGUGGACAUGUUUGCUUCCAGACUUAACUACCAAAUGACACCAUUUGUUUCAUGGCAUCCUGACCCUCAAGCAUGGGCUAUUGAUGCCUUUACUUUGGACUGGAAUAAUAUAUUAUUUUAUGCCUUUCCACCUUUCAGCAUUAUACCACAUUUCACAUUCCAAGUAUUGCAAACACUGGAUACAGCUCAGACACAAGCAAUCCUAAUUGUGCCAAAUUGGCCACCCGAGCCAUGGUACCCUAUGUUGACAAGGUUGUUGAUCCAACAACCAAUCCUUCUACCAAAACACAAGAGCAAUGUGUCUCUUCCUUUCAAGCAAGAAAAAGAACACCCGCUGGGGAAACAACUGAAGCUGAUGGCCUGUCUCUUAUCCGGCGAUCCCUGUCAAGUAAGGGCAUUUCAUCAAAAGCUCAAGCAACAACACUCAACUCCUGGCGGUCUGGAACACAAAAACAAUACCAAGUCUUUCUCAACAAGUGGCAGUCAUUUGCUAAUCAGUGGAAUGCAGAUCUCCUUCAUCCAACUCUGA